UUUCACUUUUUAGCUGUUUGUCUUUCCCACCAAAAUCAAUGGCGGCGAUCUCUGGCCACUGCACAUUCCGAUCACAAAAGUUCCCUCUCUCUGCCACCGCCUCCUCCUCCCUCACUGGCGGAGCUCUCCUAUCUUCCCGCAUUUCCUUCGCUUCUCCUCUGCCAGUCAGCCGAACCCAUAUCUCUUGCCAGGCCUCCUCCGCCACUUCACCACCUUAUUCCUCCGUCAAUGGAAGAGCAAAAGGGGAGAUGAAGGAUUUUUUGCAUAUUAGUGACUUUGAUAAAGCCACUAUAAUGAAGAUAUUAGAUAAGGCUGCAGAGGUCAAGGCACUGCUAAAAUCAGGAGAUAGGUCAUUUGUUCCAUUUAAGGGGAAGACUAUGGCUAUGAUUUUUGCAAAGCCAUCAAUGAGGACGCGGGUUUCAUUUGAGACUGGGUUUUUCUUGCUCGGAGGUCAUGCUAUAUAUUUGGGACCAGAUGAUAUCCAGAUGGGUAAACGUGAGGAAACUCGUGAUGUUGCUCGUGUUUUAUCUGGCUAUAAUGACAUCAUCAUGGCGCGUGUCUUUGCUCAUCAGGAUAUUCUUGACUUGGCUAAAUUUGCUACUGUACCUGUAGUUAAUGGUUUGACAGAUUACAACCACCCUUGUCAAAUAAUGGCGGAUGCACUCACAAUUAUAGAACACGUUGGCCAGUUGGAAGGAACCAAGGUUGUCUAUGUCGGAGAUGGAAACAACAUUGUGCACUCUUGGCUGUUGCUGGCUGCAGUUGUUCCCUUCCACUUUGUCUGUGCCUGCCCUAAAGGUUUUGAGCCUGAUAAAAAGACUGUUGAGAAGGCACAGCAAGCUGGGAUCAGUAAGAUUGAGAUUACAAAUGAUCCAAAGGAAGCAGUCAAAGAUGCUGAUGUUGUGUAUACAGAUGUGUGGGCUAGUAUGGGGCAAAAGGAAGAGGCUGCUUAUCGUCAUCAAGUGUUUCAAGGAUUUCAGGUUGAUGAAGCUCUUAUGAAAAUAGCAGGCCCCAAAGCUUAUUUCAUGCAUUGUUUGCCUGCUGAAAGAGGAGUAGAAGUGACUGAUGGUGUUGUUGAGGCUCCAAACUCGAUCGUCUUCCCACAAGCAGAAAAUCGCGUGCACGCACAGAAUGCUAUAAUGCUACACCUACUUGGGGUAUGAUUGCGUGGCAAUGCUUCAAUGUUCAAAUGAAAAUCGAUUACGGCGUGUUACUUCUGGAAUUCCAUUUUCAGCUCAGAAACAAACUCUAAACAUUUGUGAGUUUAGCUUCUAGCUUUUUCAAUGGGUGCAAGGGCAUUGAAACUUUAAAUAUUAGUAUUUCAUGUGGCGAUGAUAAUCCAAUUUCAAAUGCUGUACAUUGCGAGUGUCAAUAUUCUGUUGCUAACACCUUUCUCUCUUGGGCACCCAAAUAUUGGCGCAGAAAUUUGUUUGAUUUACUACGAUAUGGAAUUACAGCAUGCAUUUUAAGCCAGGCAAACGAGUAAAAAGAAUGCCUACGACUUGCUUUCUUCGUGUACCACUGCCGUCACUGUAGCCUCCACG